AUGACGACGUCCAUGGCUGCCGGGAGCCCGUCUCGAUCUAGCAGUAUGGUUGAGGCAGAGGGCGAAACCGGAGGCAGCCAGGACAGAGGCGAGAGGCAAGUGAUGAUGAACGAGGGCUUUCACGGUACUGACGGUACUGGCGACUUUCACGACGGCGAUGGGGGUAGCGAUGACGCAGGUCGAUGGAACGCAGCCAAGAUGGCGACCGCAGAUAUACCCCAGCAGCAACAGCAGCUACCCACUUCUCCCUUGACCCCUAUCCCAACAGAUGCCCUCCACAAAUCUAACACCUCCACAGAAGCACAGCAACCAGACAGUUUCUCGACUGAGAGCAACAACACGGACUGUAUUGCUCAGCCUGCGACGUGUGGGGUGGAUAGGGGUUUUUUGAAGGUAUUCGCUGCAGGAUACCGGAAGAUCGGUGGUAGUGGUGUCGAGAGCGGCUGUAGCAGCGAUGAGGAGGAGGAGGCUCGGGACAGUGGUGUUGUGUUGGAACCUUGGGACCAGCCAUUGUUGCAGCACCAGCACGAUCAACCACAGUCACACCAUGAUCCGCAGAUCUUGAGGAGAGACCAAAAGUCGCAACGCAGACAGCGGUGUAAGUCGAUGAUCUGUCCCCAAACGCCACGCGAGACAGAGCUGGACGAGACGGAAUCCCGAUCUAACGACGACACCGACUCCGGCAUCAAUGACCACGGCACAUCAACUCCCAACAGCAACAACGGUAUCCGCAUCCAGCCAGGACCUUCAGGAUCAUCGACUGCAUCCAAAGCAGAUCUGAAAGCCACGAGGCGGAGCAAACGCGUUGCAUCCAUGUCUAUCAGCUGGGACCAACACCGGCAUACGUUCAUGGGAGCCCACGGAUUGCCUCCCCUGCCUCCUCUAGCUACCAGCACCAGCGGCACCUUCAACACUAAUACAACGACGACUACCAGGCCUCAGAGGUCAUCCUUCUUUUGCUCACCCUCACUCCACGACAGCGCAUCCGACAACAGUAGCAACAGUAGUGGCUCCAGUACUAGUCGUGACUCGACGGCACGCCAACCUUCACAACCACCCUCGAACGAUUCAACUGGCUCGUUGUCCUCCGCCUUCACCUCCUCCACCUCUACGGCGACCAUCCCGCUCACUCGACCUUCUUCCCCACCCGAUCAGCAUCAUGGACAGUUUCAGUCCUUGGCGGGCUCGUUUGCACAUGGGAUGCCCUUCUCAAAUAUGCUGGAUCUUGCAACCGCCAAGGCAGAGAAUAUUACGGGACUUUAUUUCGUUAAGCAGAUGAAUAACCAGGCCAAGGGAAAUAAUAUGGAGGGUUCAACAGGACAGCAUCAGCAGGAGGAUGGGAAGGAUGGUCAGUCAUGGAAGCGGACGAGGGCUGCGACAAGUACUGGAUCGCCCGUCGUGGACUUUUCUUCUGUCCCUUCCCCAGCAGACCUGGGAAAGACCUCUACUCCCCCAACGUUGGUGCGAGAUGGCGCACGGAAACCCGGAUCCUUGCUUUCUGCAACAACCCCCUUCACCCCUGCCACCGCUGCUGCUGCUGCUGCUGGCGCUACUUCUCAAGGAGAACCGAUGACACCGGCAAAGGGCCUGCACCGUCGAUCGCACUCUGCAUCACACUUUUUCCACCUGUCCUCUCUCAAACAUCACUCACCCGCGCAGUUCAAUCUGGCGCUAUGUUAUGAACAUGGACAAGGAGGCGUCGAACAGGAUCUGACCAAGGCGCUUUAUUUCUAUCAGCAGGCUGCAGAUCAAGGCCACACCAAGGCUAGCUACAACCUGGGGUGUAUUUGUUACAACCAGGGCGAGAUCUCAAAAGCCAUGGCCUGGUUUGAGAGUGCGGGGAAGUGUGGUGUUCAGGGGCUGAUGACUGAUACUGGAGUCUUGCCGUCGUUGUCCUCGUCGACGUCUGCAGGAAGCGUGAAGAAGCCGAACGGACCGAUACUGGAAUGCCCUUUGCCAAAAGCGACGAUCCUUCCACACGAACUGGAAGAUAUGCUGAUGAUGGGUGAUCACCCUUCAGGACCUGAGAGCGAUACAGGUGGUGGAGGGCCUUUUGUGGCAUACCUUCCUGCGAUCCUGUGUUUGGCCCUGUUGUGUCGACAGGGUGUGCAGACGCGGGAGGGGGAGGUGAUUCUGAGAAGGGAUCCGGAUCAGGCGGUGGCGUUGUUGCAGAGAUUACUCGACCGUGCGCCUGCUCGGAUGUUGAAUAAUCUGGAGAGAGGUGGGCAUCACCAACAGAAUCGUCCGCAACCUCGUCAGCAACCUUCGUCGUCGUCCAUGUCGGCGUCCGGUAGUAGUAGCAGGAUGAACACUUUGGCGAAGAGGGAUCCUAGGAAGCGCGCCUCGUUGCAAGUUAUGCCGACUCUACAGCAGGAGCAGCACCACGGAGCGACAGCCGCGGCGUCUUCUUCGAUCUUUUCGACCUCAUGCCCACAACUACCCCUUGGACUCUCUUCUUCCAUGUCGUCUUUGUCCUCGUCUUGUUCGGCGUCUACGGCGCUGGCAGGAGGUGGCUGUGGCGGUGGUAGCGUGCGGGCUAGGCGACCUUCGACCGUGGAGGAUGCGGUUGACGAUGAUGGGGACCACUAUGAGAGCGCUUUCUCCACGAAUAAGUCUCGUGGCAAUAACACCACGCGAGAUCCUCGGCAUCCUUCAGGAUCUCGACAUCGUUCUUUUCUGGACUCGGAGGAGGAACACGAAGAUGAGGAGGAGUUGCAUGGAUCGGAUGUCCACGAGGCCUGGUCGGUCAACUUGGCCCAGCAACUCCUUAAAGCAUGGCAACAACCACCACAACCUCAACCAUCGUCCGUCCAAGGUCGAACCGCCACCACCCCUGCACCUGCAUCAAUGGAGGAAGGACGGAUCCAGCAGCGAAUCGUGCGACACCACCUGCUCUACAUCACCAACCCAACACUCGGCAAGAACUUUUACAACCUAGGAGUGCUCUAUGACCUGUACUUGGGACAUGCGCAGAUCGCGCAACGGUGCUACCGGUCUGCGUAUCAGAACUGUCGAUCUUGUCUUCUGCCUUCUUUGACCCCUACUCCAAUUCCGGCUCAGAGUGAUGGAUUCAAGCAGUGCUCGGUUGCUGCUGGCGGUGGAGCUGGAACUGGAACUGGAAAUGGACAGGCGAAGCAGUUGGCGGGACUGGUGACGAGGAUUAAUAGUGCGUGGAAUCUGGGGGUAUUGCAUGCCAAGCACCAGGAGUGGUCAAGGGCGAGGAGUUGGUUCUUGAAGGCUCAGCAGGAUGUUCUGGCCCAUGAGCGGAUUGUUGCAGCUUGUUCUUUGGCUGCUGGGGCCGAGUCUGUUGCCGCUGAACAUCAGAAUCUGCAUCGACGUGGGAGUCGCUCAGGAGGUGGGAGCGGAGGUAAGAAGGGGAUGGUGUCGGAUUUGGCAGCGUUGUUGAUGAAGCAAGGCGGCGCUGGUGGUGGUGGUGAGGAGACUGCUGAGUGGAGCAGUAAAGUCGAGGAGUUGUUGUCGUUGGGCAACGGCGGCGCCUCUGAGAUGAGGCAGAAGAGGGCUGCUGUGAGCAAGACGGAGAAUGGUGGACCAAACGUCCAAGAGGAGGAGGAAGACGAAUUCAAGACACGGCGGAGGUCGUUGGUCAAUGUCUUGCCCUCCCCUGCUCCCGGUGGGCAGAGUAACAUCAAUGCCCGUGGCGGUCGAGAUGAGCGUCGUGGUCGUAGUGGCGGUCGCGAUGGUUGUAAUGGUGAGAGAGGGGACUCUCUGGUGCCGAAGGAUAGUCCUGGGAGUCGUCAUGCGAGGGAGCAUGGGCUGAUGAUGCAUCUUUCUGCCUCUUCCUCCGCGAGGUCGUUGUCGUCGUCGUCAUCCAAGACCAUGGAUGGCGGUGCUGUCAAAUCUGGCAAGAAGGGUGCUGCGUCCUUGUCGUCGCGUGGUAGUGGUGGUGAGGGUGUGAGUGGUAAUGGUAGUAAUAGUGGAUCGGACGGGAUCCGGACGGAUGCGAGUAAGGUCGCCUGGGUCCUGCGCUGGGUCGAGUCCAACAUGGACUCACCCUCCUCGUCCUCCCUGUCCUUGUCCUUGUAA